ACUCACGCAUCUUAAAAAUCUCCUCCACCAUGUCUGUUAGAGAAUUAGGUGACGAUCGAUCUCAUGAAGAAAUAAUCGACAUAAAUGCGCUACUUAAAACACUUGUUGAUUCUCAAACUAAACUCGCAGAUUCCCAAACUAAACUAGCAGAUUCACAAACUAAGUUAGCAGAAACACAGGCAGAUAUUCAGCAUCAAAUGAUGGAUAUCUUAAGAAGCAGCAAAAAUAAUGAAAGUGGAAAUGGGAAAGAGAAAGUUGAUCAAAAUCCAUUGUCGUCAUCAGAAGAUGAUAUUGGCUUCGACGGUUCUGGUAAUCAAGAGAUAGUACAGGUACCUGACGAUGAAGUUGGACAAUCAUCCAAAGUUGAAGAGGAUGAUCUGGUGGCGACAGAUAUAAAUGAGGAACUAUGGGAUGCAUUGGAGGAGUGGGACUGGGGAAAGGCUAUCGAGUAUCUUAAGAGGAAUCCUGAAGCGAUGAAAGAAGGGUUAACAAAUGAUUCAUGGACAGCACUGCACUUGGCUCUUUACCGAAAGAUAGAGAUGGUGCAUGUGGAAGAGAUUGUGAAACUUACACCACCCGAAGUGCUCGAGUACAAAACACGUGAUGAAAAGGGUUUCACAGCACUUCAUUUUGCUGCCAUGUUUGGAAACACUAAAGCUGCUGAGAUGAUGGUAAACAAGAAUUCUAGGUUGACUCAGAUACCUAGUACUGCAAAAGGAUUGAUACCGCUAGAAGUUGCUCUUCGUCACGUUACAUUUGGACAGAAAGAAACGGUCAAGUACCUUUACUCGGUAACAAAAAAUGUGGACCCAAGUCCAUUUCAGGGUCCAAAGGGUGCUGAGUUACUAUGCACUACAAUUGAUGCCAAUUUCUACGAUUUGGCCGUUUGUCUUGUCAAACGGUUUCCUGAACUGGUAAUGGAGAAAUCACUUGUCCACGAUGCAUACGCAUUAGAGAUGUUGGUUCGACGGCCUUUUACAUUCCGAAGUGGAACUAAGCUGACAUGGUGGCAGAAAUACAUCUAUUCAUUAAUUCGCGUGCAUGGCGCAAGCUCUACAUAUGACUAUGACGAUGGAGCAGUGCAACAAUCUACUAGUGAAAGAGACCAAGAAAACCUUCCAGAAAGAAUAGAAGGCACCAAUGCAGAGAAGAUAUCGACAACCUCCCCAACUAGUUUUAAAGGAAUACACAUUCCGCAUAUCAUCCGAGUGCCUCAUAUCAAAGAGAUUCACGACCAAAAGUUGAUACAUGAACGAGCAGUGACGUUGCUAAAAAUUAUGUUAGAGGAAGUCUUUGAACAAAUCGGUAACGUAAAUGAGGACGUAGAUUUUUUUUUCAUUAAUUCCAACAUAGUGAAGAUAUCUGUAAAGCAUGGAAUUAUAGAAUUUCUAGUGGAGUUCCUGGACAGAUUUCAAAACCUGAGUAUCCAUAGGGUACGGGAUCAGAACAUGUUAGAAAUGGCUGUUGCAGAAAGGAAUGAAAUGAUUGUGAACUUCAUAUGCCAACACGAAGACAGAUUCGGAGAUAAGAUCGAUUCAAUCUCUAAAACAGACAAUGACGACAACACCAUCUUGCACCAUGCUGCAAAAUUAGCGACUCCUGGUCAACUCAGUUUAGUGUCAGGCGUAGCUCUUCAGAUGCAACGAGAGUUGCAGUGGUUUAAGGGGGUGGAGAGUAUUUUAUCGGAAAAUGACAGGUUCAAGAGAAAUAAAAAUGGAGAUACAGCUCAUUUUAUAUUUACAGAGCAACACAAAGAUUUACUUAAAAAAGGAGAGGAUUGGAUGAAAGAUACAUCCGGAUCAUGUAUGAUAGUUGGUGCCCUCAUUGCUACGGUAGCAUUUGCUGCUGCUUUUACCGUCCCUGGAGGUAAUAUCAACGACGUUAAUAGCUCUAAGAAUGGCGUCCCAGUUUUCUUGGGGUAUACCUCAUUCUCAGUGUUUGCGGUGGCAGAUGCUUUAGCUCUUUUCUCUUCUAUUGCAUCAGUACUGAUGUUUUUAGCUAUAUAUACUUCACGAUAUGCUGAAAUAGAUUUUCUCAAGUCUCUGCCACAAAAAUUAAUAAUAGGUCUUGCAACGCUAUUUGUGUCCAUGGCAGCAAUAUUAUUAGCUUUUUGUGCCUCACUGUUUAUCGUGGUCGGAGAAGGAUUUGAACAGGCUCUGAAUCCUAUAGCAUUGUUUGGUUCUUGUCCUUUGGCCUUGUUUGCAUGGCUACAAUUACCACUAUUUUAUGAAAUGAUUCGUUCGACGUAUUGGGGCAGUUUCUUUGGGAAACACAGAUAUACUGAUCCUAAAUCCACCAAAAACAAUAGCAAAAAAGGAGGAGAGUCAAAGUACACUUUCAGUGCGAGGCCUUAUAUUUCUGCACGAAAUUGCUCAGCUUAUUCAAGAAGACAUUUUGUACAGGGGCAAUAUCGUAUUUGAAUCGUUUGGGUUUGCCAUAUCUCCAUCAUUGUGAUUCACGACAUCGAAGGAUUCAAGUCUUGAAUUUUAUAUUUGAACUGUCGUUCGUGUAGCUCCUUGUUAGUUGUCUGGGAUUUAUUGCUGGAAAUGAACGUGUUCGUUCACUUGUCAUUGAUUCAGCAAAGUUGAUUAAACACUGAAUAAGAAAGAUAGUAUUAAUACAAAACUAA